AUGGGAAGGCGCCACGGCCCUUGCAACCAGGCUAGUGCGAAGCUUCCCGGUUACAGACGCAAGCACGGCCGGCCCCCAUCAGCUCUCGCAGGUGCCGGUGGUCUUGAGCCAGCGCCAGCGCCCCCGCCACAGCAACCGCAAGGGCUACCGACAGCGCAAAUGGAAAACAACGUGACCGUUAUCGACUGGGCCGAGAACGAUCCUGAGAACCCUCUCAACUGGUCCAAGGGACGCAAGUUUGCUCGCAUCUUUCCGAGUGUUUUUCAAAGUAUGACGGCCCAGUCCGCUUCUUUCCUGCACUGUAACGGGCUGUGCCCGAGGGACCCAGCCUGGGAGCUAUCGAAGGCGAAGAGUACUCUCCUAGUGCAAGCGAGGACCGGGAAGAUUGGGCUUCGAGGGUUCCUCUUUACUAGGAGGGUCCCCGAGGUAGUAACGCCGGUAUGCCGCUGCGGUAUGGCGCGCGAGACAUUCGAACACCUCGUACUCGAAUGCAACGGAGCCGCAGAUAAACCUCAUCCCUGGCCAGACGACGGCGCAGAGCUACUGGAGUGGCUAGAUGACGUGGAGAAGGCUGCCAUAGUGGUGGGGUGGGUGCUUGGGCUGGGGAGGCUGAACGAGUUCCGGCUGGCGGUAGAGCUGGAAAAUGAGAACAACGAAGAGGCCCGCGGCGGGGCCGAAGCGGAGUGGGUGAGCCCUUUCGAGGAGAUGGAUCCACGGGGUAGCGGCAAGGCCGCAGCGGAGUCCGAGGCCCGGAGGGUUUCAACUUUGAUGGGAUGUUGCACGUACGCUCUACUCGAGGUCCGAAGUAGGGCUUAUAAAGGGGUCAGUCAACGCCCCACCAUUCCCGAUAUCAUCAACAACUACAUGUACUUCGACAAACGCCAGAACUACCAGGGCUCCGCCACCUCGGCCCUCGCCUCUAUUCGGCAAAGGGUGAUGCCCGAUGGCCUACCGGGUUACUGGCAGGCUUGGGACUUUGAUCUUGGCAACGACACCACCGAUGUUAGAGCGAGACGCACACAGCGGGACCAGCUCAAGAGUAUCGUUGCAGCAGCUAUAGAUCUCGCCAUCGGGCCUGACCACGGAUGGUCGUGCGAAUAUGAGGGGACAUUGAAAGAGAAGCUGCUCCGAGUGGGGGAUAAUCCAAGAAAAUGGUGGGGGGUUAAGAUAAUCUCACCGCCCAUGUCGGCAUCGAAGCAGUGGCAACUGGAGAUAGAUAUGGCUUUCACGGGACUUAGCAGGUUUUUUGAUUUUUACACGGACGACUCCUGCGGCUGCCACGUGCACGUAUCACCCGGACCGACCGUGCAAAACGGUUAUACCCUGGACCAGCUUAUCAGGAUGGCUCAAGGGGCCUUCUUUUGGGAGACGGGCCUCUGCGAGCUUCUCCCGCCAAAGCGUCGGACGAACGAGCAUGCCCGGCCAAACCACACUGUCUUCGCUACCAACGUAUACCAAGCGGUCCCCCGAACUGGCUGGGGCCGGGUCUUCAAUGAAAUCGAGUCAGCUGCCAAUGGCCGGUUUCCCCAGCCCGACCUUCUCAAAGCGUUGCAAGGAGGGCCAAACGGUACCCGAAAUCUCUCGACCGACUUCUCCCCCAUCGACAAGAUUGGUACCAUUGCACUACGCCGCCAGGCCGGGGUCGCCUCGGCCGUAACCACCAUCCAUCGCAUCCUCCUCGCCGUGACGCUUCACAUCAGCGCUCUACGCUACGAUUUCGACAGCGUCAAAGACCGGAAGGACUACACCACCGGCGAAGAACUCAUCAAGGAGCUCGCAGGCUGCAUCAAAAAGCUCCCCGAGUCCUGCCACGGCUCCCGCUUCGUCGCCUUCCUCAAAUGGUCCCUCGAGUCCUACGCCGACGGCAAAUCCUACACCACCCCAGAGAUCAAUGCGCGCGAGGAGGCCCUCCACCUUCGGCGAAACCCCACCCGCCCAGACCUCCCACCGCCCCGCCCCGGGCUCGUCCACUCCAGGCGGGAGGAGGAAGAGGAGUCACAGGAGGUGCAGGCCGCACAAUCCGCCCGGGGGGCGAAAUGCUGGCACUUGGCACGGGAUGAGAGGUGGAGGCGGACCGAUUGCUUCACGGCUGCCCCGGGUAGUGUCGAGCCCGCAACAAAACGGGAGCGCGAGACGUCUCCUGGGCGGAGGCCGGUGGCGCGGAGGAGGCAGGGGGAGGCAGAGAGCUGA